AUGAUACGUUUUAUCCGUACGAUCCAAUCCAAUCAAGCUCUUAUUAUUAUUAUUAUUACUCUAUUUGUUUUAUCUCCAUUUUUAAAUAUUUUCUAUCAACCAUAUUCCGUUUCAUCUGAAAUAGUACCUUUGAGCCCUUCCAAUUAUACUCGAUACGACCGAUUUUGCCAUGAAGUAGCUCAACGGAUCAAAAGUGAAAUUCCAUCAAACAAUAUUAUUCAUCUUGAUCCAAACAUGGGACCUAUACCAUAUUAUUACUCGCAAUGGCGUUCAAAUGCGCUUAUGCCUCGUGGUCUUACUCAAUGUGAACAUGCUGUUUAUAUGCAUCUUCUAUUUGUACUUAUUGAAAAAGUUUUUAAAAAAUAUAACAUUAAAUAUAUGAUGAUGGCUGCGACGCUUCUUGGGAGUUAUACUCAUCAUGAUAUAUUACCGUGGGAUGAUGAUGUAGAUCUACGUGUUUCAAUUUCAGAUCGUUAUCGUUUACAAUCAAUUAUUAUUGAAGAACUUUCAUCAGAACCCUAUUCAAUUCGUAUUAUGCAAUUACACAAUUCACGUAAUUAUGAUAAAAUAUUUUUUUCUUGGUGUCCCCACGCCGGUAGGACACCAUGGCGUUUUCCAUUUAUCGACAUAUUUUAUCAUGAUCAAAAUUCAACACAUGUUUGGUUAUUGGGACAGCCAAGUAGCUGUCCUGUUCGCGUUGCAGAUAUAUUUCCUUUAGUACUUCGACCUUUGGGAUCAUUGUGGUUAUAUGGGCCUCGAGAGCCAAUGGCACAUUUUGAAUCACGCAGAAUGCAAGCAAUUGAAACGGGUUGUUUUAUUUUUCCUUACUCUCAUAAAUAUGAAAAAUUGAUGAUGCCUAAUAUUAUUUAUGCCAAUUGUACACAACUUAAGACUGAUUAUCCAGAUCAAAAUACGUUAACCACAAAUGUGUAUCUUGAUAAUCCAACUCAAAUAAUUCUUUUUAUUAUUAUUGAUCAGUCACCAUCACAGCUAUCUUCCAUUGAUAUUGAUAUCAAUUUUAAUCAAUCAUCAGAUUCACCUUCUAUCAUUAAUAAAAUCCGUCUUGGCUUAUUUGUAACUCAAUCUAAUUUUACCAUAAACAAUCAAACUAAGAGAUAUUACACUUCAAAUGACAUAGCAAUAUUUCUUUGGGAAGAUUUAACAGGAAAUAACUAUGAUCCUAUUGAUUUAAUUCAAAUUCAAAAUUCCCAAUCUGAUAUUGAUAGGAGCUUAUGUAAAUGGGAUUCAAAUCGAUGGAAUCGUUUAUUCAAUGAAAAUGUACCUACAGAUAUUUCAUAUUUUUAUUUUCUUAAGACAACAACACAUCAAUUCAUAUUUACACUUGUAGAUACAAGUAAUAAAUCAUUAUCAUUAUUACCACCAUCCCCUUAUUUAAGCAUACUCUAUUGUUAUUCACACAGAUUCGACGGAAUUGAGAUAAUAAUUAUCGUUUGUUUUGGCACCCUGUUUGCUGUCAUAAUUGCGAGUUUUGGUCUGUUACACUAUUUCAAGAGAGAGAAUAAUCGAACGGAACGUUUUCCACGAUAUCAUAAUCGAGAAGUACAUAAUAAAUUAAUUGAAAAUCAAUCUAAAAAUAUUCGACAUCGUGCAAGUGGAUCAAGAUCUUCUAGAGACCAAGAAAAUUCAACGUCUACAUAA